AUGGCUGCAAAGAAUUUUACAGUUGUUACUGAAUUUAUUCUUUUGGGACUGACAGACAAUGCUGAACUGAAAGUUGUUCUUUUUGUAUUGUUUCUGGUGAUUUAUGCUGUUACUUUGGUGGGGAAUCUGGGCAUGAUCUUCUUAAUCCAAAUCACCCCCCAGCUCCACACACCCAUGUACUUUUUCCUCAGCUGCCUUUCAUUUGUGGAUGCCUGCUAUUCUUCUGUUAUUGCACCAAAAAUGCUGAUCAGCUUCCUAGUUGUGAGGCAAACCACCUCCUUCUCUGCCUGCAUAGUGCGGCACUUGUUUUUUCAGGUGUUCGUCACCACAGAAGGCUUCCUGCUGUCUGUGAUGGCUUAUGACCGUUAUGUGGCCAUUGUCAACCCUUUGCUUUAUACUGUAGCCAUGUCUAAGAGGAAGUGUGUAGGACUGGUCACUGGAUCACUCAUUGGUGGGAUGAUUAACUCACUGACACACACCAUUAGCUUUGGGAGACUGUCUUUCUGCAGGUCCAAUGUCCUCAGUCACUUCUCCUGUGAUGUUCCCCCACUGCUGAAGCUGUUGUGUUCUGAUACCUCCAUGAACGAGCUGUUGCUCCUCACCUUCUCUGGAGUCAUUGCCAUGGCCACCUUCCUGAUUGUGAUCAUUUCCUACGCCUUCAUUGCUGUUGCUAUCCUGAGGAUCCGCUCAGCAGCAGGCAGACAGAAAGCCUUCUACUGUGCCUCUCACCUGACCGCUGUGACCACAUUCUACGGCACCUUGAGUGUUAAUUACAUUCAGCCAAGUUCCCAGUAUUCUGUAGAACAAGAGAAGGUGGUUUCCGUGAUCUAUACACUAGUGAUUCCCAUGUUAAACCCGCUGAUUUACAGUCUGAGAAACAAAGAGGUAAAGGGUGCUGUGAGAAGGGUCAUAGAAAUAAAACAUUUGUCAUGCUAA